AUGGACAACCCACGGGCAAUUCGUUUAUUGAAGAAUAUGGACAAAACAAAGAAAUCAAACUUAAUUUUCUUAAGUGAAAGUUUUGUAACAUCUAUACGUGUGGAAGCGUUGAGAGUGGCUCUUGAGUAUGAGGGGUGUUUUGUAGGGAACUGUAAAAAGCGGAAAGGAGGACUUGUGGUCAGUAUAUGUGGGAAAGGGACGACUGUUUUGGUGGAGGAAAGACUGGACAUGGCCUUAUGUUUAUAUUCUUGGGUAGAGAUGUUUAAAAGCAUUGAAUUUUAUAACCUAGAUGUUACAACUUCCGACUACAAACCUAUUAUUGUAAAGUACCGGUCAGGGGAGAGUAGGAAGUCGGUGAAACAGUUUCGAUUCGAAAAUAUUUGGGUGGCUAAGGAGGAUUGUCGAAGUGUAAUUAACAGUAGUUGGAGAAGUGCAUGUGUCAUGGGUAUAAUGCAAAGAGUUGCUAAUGUCCAAGUAGAGUUAGAGGGAUGGAGCAGGAAUAUUAGACCUAAGUUUGGCUCGCUGAUUUUUAAGAAGGAGGAGGAGCUUUCGUUGCUGCAAAAUAGAACUGACAUGCCAGGAGAUAUGAGGCUUAAGAUGUGUUUGAAGGAAUUACAUGGGUUGCUGGAAAAGGGGGAAAUGUACUGGAAGCAAAGAGCCAAAAAAUUUUGGCUAAAGGAAAUGGACUUUAAUACAAAAUAUUUCAACAACUCAGCUACGAGAAGAAAGCGGAACAGCAGAAUUUUGAGACUAAAAAGUGAUACAUGUGACUAG